GAGAAUCGAAAAAACGUGGAAUUUUAUUGAUUUGGUCAUAUUAUUGAUUGAAUUUUUUGUGACAUUUUUUAAUUUGGUUUUUAUUUGAUCGAAAUGGGUCGAAAGAAAAAAGAGGAAUCAACAUUGGACAACAUAGUCGCCAAAGCUGAUGAAUAUCGUUGUUCGUUAUGUGGAUUUGUGGCAAGAAAAGUAAAUGACUGUGAUCAUCAUAUACUUGUCGAACAUCAAGGCCAGGCAUUAAUCAAUGAAGAUAGACCGAUGAACGAUAUAGAAAUCAGACAAGGGUAUCGUCGAGCGUUAACUGUGCUCAAACAACUUCGAUGUCCGAUAUGUUCGAAAACCUUUCGAAGUUUUUUAGGAAUGGUAUUCCAUGCUCAAAUAUGUGGUAAAUCGACGGAUCAACUUUUUCGUGAAUGUGAAAUAUGUGGUAAACGUUUGAAAAUACAUUCGUUAGCUAUCCAUUUACGUUCGAUUCAUUCUACCGCUGAUCCAUCAAUUGACGAAAAUGAUAAUAACGAUGAUAAUGGUGAUGAUAUCGAAACGAUUAAAGAUAUUUCAAACAACCGAGGGAAAAAACGAAAUUCCGCUUUAAAAGCAAUCAAAAAAUUUCGAUCACUCGAACUAGCUGAUGACGAGGAUGAGGAUGAUAGAAAAAAAUCCAAGAAAACACGGCUAAAAAACAAUGAUGACGAAGAUUUUUCGGCAAAAUCUUCAGCAGAUGAAAAUGAUGAUGAAUUGGAAGUGGGAAUAAAUUUAAUUAAUAAAAUUGAACCAAAAACAACAAAAACCUUAAAUGAUAAAGAUUUGGAACAUAUCAUUUCUCUCAUUGUUCAUCAUAUAAUCCGAGAAGAUGGCAGUAAUGAUGAUGAGAAUGGUAAUCAAAAAAUCGAAAAAACAAUCAGCAAAACUGUUGCUGUCAAUCCAAAGGGUCUAUAUUCAUGUUAUAAUUCAAUGUGUCCAACACAAUUCAAAUAUCGUUUCGAACUGGAAAAUCAUUAUCGUCGUUGUCGUUGGCGAAAAUUUUGGUUUCAGUGUUCAUUGAAUGAAUGUCAACAGCAACAACGAGAACGUUCACGAAAUCGUUUCAAUUGGCUUGAUACCAGUGUUGUUGAACACUUUUUCCAUUAUCAUGAUGAAUUAUUCGACGAUGAAUUGAAAGAACAAUUCGAUAUUUUUGUGACGAAAAAACAAAUAUCAAAUCAGAUUGUUCAAUCGGGUUCAGGUUCACGAACACCACAUUAUUUGGAACAACUUCUUGAAUGGCAUAAACAAACGACAAUAUCAUUAUCUAAUGAUGAAAUAUUGUUUUCAAAUAUGUUACCAAAGCCAGAUGAUUAUCGUAUAAUUAAUCGAAAUUUUUCCAUUCAUCAAAAUUGUCACACAGCAACCAAUUUCAAAUCGACAAUUUCGAUGGAUUCAGGUGAUAAUCAGAUGAAACAUUUAUCAACAUUUGAAUCGAUUCGUUUGGAUGAUAAUAAUUCAAUGUUUAAUGUGGGCAAUUGUGUUUCAGCUAUUGCCUGGUGUCCAAUACCAUUCACUAUCGAAUCAACUGGUUUCGAUUGUCGAAGCCAAUUUGAUCAGAUAUUGAUGACCGAAAUGAAGGCACAACGUGAUCAAUAUCUAAUAUUAGCUACCUCGAAUUUUGAUGAAUUGCUUCAAAAUGAACGACCUGAUCAAAUUUGUCUGCAAUUGUGGAAUGUUGGCCCAUUGAAUUCAGUGAAAAAUGCGACAACCGAAGAAUGCAACAUGCAACAAGCUCGUUUAGCAUUGAAUAUUGAUUGGACAUCAUACGGUGAUGUACUUGAAAUUUGUUGGUGUCCAUGGGGUGUUUCCUAUGAACAGCAACCACAACAACAACCACAAUCAUCACGAUUAAAAAGGUUAGGGUUAGUUGCAAUCGCCAGUGAAGAUGGUCACAUCCGAAUCUUAUCGAUACCACAUCCUAAUCAAUUGGACGGUAGUUAUAAUAUAAAUUAUCUGUUGCAAGUUGAGCCUAUACUCGUGCUGCAGGAUCGAUUUCCUCGUUAUCUCAAUUGUAAUAGUAUUGAUUGGUAUCCAUUUGCGCCAUAUAAUAUGAUUGUUGGUGCAUUCAAUACUGGAGUUUCAUGUCUUUGGCGAUUGCCUGUUGACGAUGAGCAACCAAUUGCCGAAAAUAAACGUCUAUUACCAUAUGAUGAGAAUGGUAAUCUGAAAUGUCAGCCAUUAUUAUCGAUUCAAUGGCUAAAUCGAGAUAUGUAUGUUUGUUCAUCGUUGAAUCAUUCGUUCAUCUAUCAUAUCCAUUGGGAUGGAUUAUAUCGCCAGAUUGAAUGUCGUCCAUGUCAGAAAAUUCUAGUUUAUCAGCCAUUAUGGACUAAACAUAUGAUACAAAUGGCAAUGGUACGAAAAGGUAGUCUUAUCGGAUUCUAUUUGCUGGAUAUUCCUGUCGAUAGUGGUCAGGAUAAUCGUCAUACGAUCAUAUCGAAUGCAGACGAUAAUUAUACGGACAUGUCAUUAUCACCAUGGAUGUAUUUGAUUGCAUAUGCAUCAGAAUCGGGUAAAUUAUUUACCACAAAAAUGCUGAAGAAACCGGGAUGUUCGAAAAAUGUGAAAUCUGGCAAUUAUAUCUUAUAUGCCACCAAAUUGGCAAAUAUGGAUCUAGAUCGACAAAACAACUCACAAGAAUCAUCAUCGAUAAAAAAAUGCGUGAUGAUAAACGAAUGUUUGGAUCUUAAUCACCAGAUGGAUGAUUUUUUUGAUAAAUAUUUUUUCAUCUAUGAAGAUUGUCAAAAACCUGAUGCAAUUUUACAGGGCCGUACUGCAUCGUCAAAUGUUCGAUUGUUGACGAAAAAUGAUCUUUAUCGAUAUUAUGCAAUCAACAAGUGUUGCUGGAAUCCAAACCUUUCAUCCUAUUCAUGGAUUUUUUCAUCCAACAAAUCGGGUCUAUGUCGUUUGAAUAGAUAUCCAUUGAUCAAUCCUAAACAAAUGUAUUGAACUAUUUAUCUGUGAUAUUUUUUAUCAAAAAUUUUUUUUUAUUAAUUUUUUUUUUAAAUUAAUCAAUUGAAAUUGUAAAUAAAUGUUGAUGAGAA